GGCACGGCGCGAGAGCGCGCCGGCGGCGGCAGUGGUGGCCACUGUUGGGGGGCGGGGAGCAUUGGCUAAGGCCACAGUGGAGGCUUAGGCAUCAGCAAUUAGCGGUCGCGGCUGCUGGUGUGGUUCGGCGGGUAGCCAGCUCUCUAUUUCGGAACGGAAAGCUUGGAGUCGCGGGCCCCGCCCGGAAAGUUUGCAGUGAAGCCGCGACCUCCUGUCUGGCGCGGCCCGGCAUGAAGCGGCGCUGAGGAGCCGCCGCCGCCGCCGCCGCCGCCGCCGUCGCCUGAGGAGGAGCCUCGGCGCCCUGGGCUACGCCGAUGACUACUGCAAACUGUGGCGCCCACGACGAGUUCGACUUCAAACUCGUCUUCGGCGAGGACGGGUCGCCGGCGCCGGCGCCGCCGCCCCCGGGCUCGCGGCCUGCAGAUCUUGAGCCAGAUGAUUGUGCAUCCAUUUACAUCCUUAAUGUAGAUCCACCUCCAUCUACUUUAAACUCACCAUUUUGCUUGCCACAUCAUGGAUUACCGUCUCACUCUUCUGUUUUGUCACCAUCGUUUCCGCUCCAAGGUCACAAAAACUAUGAAGGAACUUGUGAGAUUCCUGAAUCUAAAUAUAGCCCAUUAGGUGGUCCUAAACCCUUUGAGUGCCCAAGUAUUCAAAUUACAUCUAUCUCUCCAAACUGUCAUCAAGAAAUAGAAGCACAUGAAGAUGAUCCACACAUAAAUGAUCCAGAAAGGGAGUAUUUAGAAAGGCCUUCUAGAGAUCAUCUCUAUCUUCCUCUUGAGCCAUCCUACCGGGAGUCUUCCCUUAGUCCUAGCCCUGCCAGCAGCAUCUCUUCUAGGAGCUGGUUCUCAGAUGCGUCUUCUUGUGAAUCUCUUUCACACAUUUAUGAUGAUGUGGAUUCUGAGUUGAAUGAAGCUGCAGCCCGGUUUACUCUUGGAUCCCCUCUGACUUCUCCUGGUGGCUCUCCAGGAGGCUGCCCUGGAGAAGAAUCUUGGCAUCAACAGUAUGGACUUGGACACUCCUUGUCACCCAGGCAAUCUCCUUGCCACUCCCCUAGAUCCAGUAUCACUGAUGAGAAUUGGUUGAGCCCCAGGCCAGCUUCAGGACCUUCAUCGAGGCCCACUUCUCCUUGUGGGAAGCGGCGGCACUCCAGUGCUGAAGUUUGUUACGCUGGGUCUCUUUCACCCCAUCACUCACCUGUUCCUUCUCCAGGUCACUCCCCUAGGGGAAGUGUAACAGAAGAUACCUGGCUCAAUACUUCUGUCCAAAGUGGAUCAGGCCUUGGCCCUGCACUUUUUCCAUUUCAGUACUGUGUAGAGACUGAUAUCCCUCUGAAAACAAGGAAGACUUCUGAAGAUCAAGCUACCAUAUUACCAGGAAAAUUAGAGCUCUGUUCAGAUGAUCAAGGGAGUUUAUCACCCUCCCAGGAGACUUCAAUAGAUGAUGGCCUUGGAUCUCAGUAUACAUUAAAGAAAGAUUCAACUGGUGACCAAUUUCUUUCAGUUCCUUCACCCUUUACAUGGAGCAAACCAAAGCCUGGCCACACUCCUAUAUUUCGCACAUCUUCAUUACCUCCAUUAGACUGGCCUUUACCAACUCAUUUUGGACAAUGUGAACUGAAAAUAGAAGUCCAACCUAAAACUCAUCAUCGAGCCCAUUACGAAACUGAAGGUAGCCGAGGGGCAGUAAAAGCAUCUACUGGGGGCCAUCCUAUUGUGAAGCUCCUGGGCUACAAUGAAAAGCCAAUAAAUCUGCAGAUGUUUAUUGGAACAGCAGAUGAUCGAUAUUUACGACCUCAUGCAUUUUAUCAGGUGCAUCGAAUCACUGGGAAGACGGUUGCUACUGCGAGCCAAGAGAUAAUAAUUGCCAGCACAAAAGUUCUGGAAAUUCCACUUCUUCCUGAAAAUAAUAUGUCAGCCAGUAUUGACUGUGCAGGUAUUUUGAAACUCCGCAAUUCAGAUAUAGAACUUCGAAAAGGAGAAACCGAUAUUGGCAGAAAGAAUACUAGAGUACGACUUGUGUUUCGUGUACACAUCCCACAGCCCAAUGGAAAAGUCCUUUCUCUACAGAUAGCUUCUAUACCUGUUGAGUGCUCCCAGCGAUCUGCACAAGAACUUCCUCAUAUUGAGAAGUACAGCAUCAACAGCUGCUCUGUAAAUGGAGGUCAUGAAAUGAUUGUGACUGGAUCUAAUUUUCUUCCAGAAUCCAAAAUAAUUUUCCUUGAAAAAGGACAAGAUGGACGACCUCAAUGGGAAGUAGAAGGGAAAAUAAUCAGGGAAAAAUGUCAAGGGGCUCAAAUUGUCCUUGAAGUUCCUCCAUAUCAUAACCCCGCAGUUACAGCUGCAGUGCAGGUGCACUUUUAUCUUUGCAAUGGCAAGAGGAAAAAAAGCCAGUCUCAACGUUUUACUUACACACCAGUUCUGAUGAAACAAGAACACAGAGAAGAGAUUGAUUUGUCCUGUAUACCAUCUUUGCCUGUGCCUCGUCCUGCCCAAACCCAGAGACCUUCCUCUGAUUCAGCGCAUCCACAGGACAGUGUACUGUCAGCACAGAGAAGCGUGGUGUGUCCUAUCCAGCAAACAUAUGCAUCCAUGGUAACUUUAUCCCAUCUGCCACAGUUGCAGUGUAGGGAUGAGAGUGCUGGUAAAGAAGAGCAUAUGAUACCUUCUCCAGUUGUACACCAGCCUUUUCAAGUCACACCAACACCUCCCGUGAGGUCUUCCUAUCAGCCUAUGCAAACUAAUGUUGUGUACAACGGACCAACUUGUCUUCCUAUUAAUGCUGCCUCUAGUCAAGAAUUUGAUCCAAUUUUGUUUCAGCAGGAUGCAGCUGUUCCUAGUUUGGUAAAUUUUGGCUGUCAAACACUGUCAUCCACACCAUUUCAUUCUUCAAAUUCAAGCGCAACAGGACAUCUCUUAGCACAUACACCUCAUUCUGUGCAUACCCCAUCUCACCUGCAGUCAUUGGGAUACCAUUGUUCAAAUACAGGACAAAGAUCUCUUUCUUCUCCAGUGGCCAACCAGGUCACAGGUCAGCCUCCCCCUCAGUUACAACCUAUUACGUACUGUCCUUCACAUUCAGGAUCAGCCGCAUCAGCUUCCCCAGCAUCCUCUUGUCCCCUGGCUAGUUCACCACUCUCUGGACCACCAUCUCCUCAGCUGCAGCCUAUGCCUUACCAAUCUCCUAGCUCAGGAACUGCCUCAUCACCAUCUCCAGACACCAGAAUGCAUUCUGGACAGCACUCAGCUCAAGCACAAGGUACAGGCCAGGGAGAUCUUUCUGCAUCCUCAUCCUUAAUAUGUCACAGUUUGUGUGAUGUAGCUUCAUUUCCACCUGAUGGUGCAACUGUGAGCAUUAAACCUGAACCUGAAGAUCGAGAGCCUCACUUUGCAACCAUUGGUCUACAGGACAUCACUUUAGAUGAUGAGCAUGAGCCUUCAGAUAAAAGGGUAAGAAUGUUUCCUGUUCUUUCAGCCAUCCUCCCUCCCAACCCAAACUGAACUGAGUGGACAAGAGAGAGGAGUCUGGAGCACCUUGUGUGAUGAUGUUUCCGUCUUUCAUGCCACUCAGCUGGAGAGAGGCUUCAGGCACUGUCUCUACCUUUAUAGAAAGUCAUGGGAAGGUGGCGCCUGUGGCUCAAGGAGUAGGGCGCCGGUCCCAUAUGCCAGAGGUGGCGGGUUCAAACCCAGUCCCAGCCAAGAACCAAAAAAAAAAAAAGAAAGUCACGGGAAUGGAAAUGGUUGAGAGGUGGACCUCAGUGUUGAGCAUCCUAUGGUUAGUCACUCAGAGGUCAUUAAUUGCUAUCCUUUUUCUUGUUUUUCAGUGAACGAGAUAAUUGGGAGAGAUAUGUCCCAGAUUUCUGUUUCCCAAGGAACAGGGGUGAGCAGACAGACUCCCCUCCCGGGUCCUGAGUCCCUGGAUUUAGGAAGAUCUACCGGGCUCUAAUACCGCACACUGCAGCCUUGUGUCUACCACCAACUUCUCAUCAUGUUUCUCUCCUUAGACCUUGGGUUUUCAACUCUCCAGCCUUCAGGACUGGCAUCUGGAGUUGGACUUACCAUUUGUGGGGAAAGCAACAUUCCUCCACCUCAGGCCUUGGAUAGAUGGUAUAAAAGAAGAGGAACAGCAUAGGCUGUUUGAGCUUUGGGAAAAUGAGUUUUGCUUUUUAUAUUUAAAUAGGAUACUUUUAUAUGAUGGGUGCUCUGAGUAUGAAUGCAGCAGGCUGUCCAUUUCAGAGGUGCUGCUUUUGUAGGUCCCCUGGUUACUUAGCUAGGAUUGGCAAUUUGUACUGCUUUGUGGUCAUUUGAAGGGCCCUUUAGUUUUGAUGAUAUUUUAAAAAUAGGAACUUUUGAUAAAACCUUUCAGAGGCAAAAAAAAAAAAAAGGAAAAAAGAAAGAAAAGGAAAAAAUUAUCCCAAGCCCGCACCUAUGCUUCAGAAACUCAACAUGUGUCCUGAAGGCUUUCAUAGUUUCAUAGGAAAUAAAGCCAAAUGUAGCUCAUACCUCUUUAUAAAAGCAAACUGUUGUUAGAUGAAAUAAGAAGAAACCAUUCCAUCAUUGAAGUGUUGGAAUAUAAGAAGACAUUCCAGAGCAUAGCCUUUUUGUAACUUUCUAGGUAAUCUUCCUGCAGUUUCUCCGUACUGGCUCCAUGUUCAAAUUGUUUUUUUCCCUCAGGACCUUGGGUAGAGUGGCUGUAAGUAAGGUGACUUUGAAAGGUGGAGUUUUAGCUUGGUUGCUUUCAUUUCCUGCUGUCCUAAAAACUAGUGUGUUCUCAGGUCUCAGAACCUUUUCCAGACAGGAGCAUCUGUAUUUGGCUGUUCUGUAACUUUUGAAGCCACAGUGCCAUGGUGGCUUUGGUAGCAUUACAGUUCUGACUCUUCUCUAGAGGCCAGGCUAUGUCAAAAACUAAGCACAGCUGAACAUCAGGACAAGCAGAGAAAAUGCAAGGCUCCAAAUGGGAAGAUUUUAAGAUUUACACAGGCAUGGGAGGCUUAUUCCUUCACUCUGUUUACAGCCCGAAAUGAUUCUGGCCUACCCUGCCCUGUCUGUACAACCUAAAAAAAGACUUUUCCCCCAAAAGGCUUUGAGCACACCCAAACACAAUGUCCUGACCCUCCACACCAAAGACACCCUGGUGCUGCUACCAUGAGACUGGCAUCCAAGGCAGGGGCCAGCAGAAGCUCCAACCUGCUGUCUACCAAAGGAGAUGCCCAAGUUGGGUACUUUUUUAAAAAAGCCUGCCCUUACCCCUCCCCCAAUGCAAUUUUAUUUCCCGGGGAUAUUUCAAAGCCCCAGAAGUUUGCAUUAUGUUUCAGAUGAAGUAAGGUACUUUCAUUUAUUCAGGAAGCAGAUUUUUGGAGUGCCUAUAGAUGAGACAGUAUGCUGGGCUGGUUGAAGGUUCGACGCUGUUAUUCCAGGGGAUUGUAGACCCUAGAUACCGAGACUUAACUCUACUGAGGCCAAUGUAGGCCUUGCACGGGGACCAGCUCAUUACCUACCAUAUUUUACAUUUUGUCAAUAGGGUAGGAGCUAUUUACCCAGGAUGAGAAGUAUGGUCUUAAGAGAAAAAAAAAAAAAAAACCAAAACCUGUUUUAGAUUUCUCCCCUAAAAAUAAGAGAAAAAUAUCUGUCCUUGAGCAAAUCAUUCUGACCCCUCUUGAAGCUGUGUGCUUCCAAAUUUUCUUUGAAAAUGCAUCUUGCGGGCGGCACCUGUGGCUCAGUCGGUAAGGCCCCAUAUACCAAGGGUGGCAGGUUCAAACCCAGCCUCGGCUGAACUGCAACCAAAAAAUAGCUGGGCGUUGUGGCGGACGCCUGUAGUCCCAGCUACUCGGGAGGCUGAGACAAGAGAAUCGCUUAAGCCCAGGAGUUGGAGAUUGCUGUGAGCUGUGUGAUGCCACGGCACUCUACCGAGGGCCAUAAAGUGACACUCUUGUCUCUACAAAAAAAAAAAAAAGAAAGAAAGAAAGUGCAUCUUGUGUCACAGAGUAUAAAAUGGUAAGAUUCAUUUCAGGGCCUAUGGUUGGAAGGUCGUCACAGCUUCUUUUGGAGGGUCAGGAAAUGGGCCUCUCAGAUGAAAUUCCAGAGACACGGCCAGACUUGCCUCUACUCCUUUGCCCAUAGUGUAGCUGCCUCAUAUGAGGGAUCCUACAAGAGCUUCCCUCGCAAGACCCUUUGGGGGCUGUUUUGCUGCCCUCAAGAAUAAAAGCCUCUAUGAUCCAGAGUUGCUAUGCACCAAAUUUUGAUGCCUUUUAAAUACCUUGAUGCCUGUAGCUCUAGAAAUGCUUUCGUAUUUAAAAUAAAAGUUAAAUUUUAAAAUAGAGCUGUAUAAUACUAUGUAAGCAGUUUUAUAUCAGCUUUGUAAAAGCUCUGGUAUAAGAGUCAAUAUUUUUUGGCUUUGUAGAUAAGGACUUUAAUUUUUAUGCAACAGGUGGUAUUAAAGCACACAGCCAUUGUACUAUGCAAAGUGAUUUCUAGUAGCAGCACUCACCCCUUCCUUUUUGCAACCCAUGCUAGGUCUUGGGUUGAGGAAUAGAAUGAGCAGCCUUCUGCUUACUGGAGAUGCACAGAGAAACAUGGCUGAAAACAGCUUUAAAAAGAACAGAUGUCUUUGAGUUCAUGUGUGGUGCUGCUGCCUAGGUUGCAAACCACCCUACCCAGGGCCAGCCACUGUCACCAGACCUCUGUUGGGCCUGGCUGUGAAGCCCUAUUUUUGAUAUUCAGAACAGAUCUUUAAGGCUCACACAGGCUCAGGUUCAAACCCUGUGUUUUAUAAAAUGGAUGUUUAGUAAAGGAACUGGUUUUCAGUUAUGUUUACAGCACUUGGGAUUGUGUUUUCUUGUAUAUUUUGUAUUUCAAAAUCUUUUAUAGGAGAGCAUUGCUCCUUACACAAAUACAAAGGGAAGAAGAGCCAGCAGUUCAGGCUCCACAGUUAAUAGUGCUGAAAUAAUAAAUGGUGACAGGUCAAAAGU